AUGUUAUUUUGGUUAAAGACAAUUUUUUGUUCAACACAAAUGUUAGAUGUUAAUUUAUUAUCAGAAAUAGAAAAUACAUCAGAUAUUUUAAAAGCAUUUGGAAAAAAAGAAUUAUGUGAAAACGAAGAGACACAACAAAAGAAUCAAGAACUAACUAAAACAGGAGAUAAAAAUUUUUAUGAAAACCAAUCUAAUUCUAAUAUUUUAGAUGAUCUGAUAAAUUUCAUAGAUGAAAGUUUUAAUAACGGAUAUAAUAAUGUAGAUUAUAAUUUAAGUGAUAAAAUGUUGUCAAUGACUUCUGAAAGUAAUUUUAUAGCACAAAAUAGCAUAAGUAAUCAACAUAUUACUUUAAAACGUGAUAAACAAUUUUGUAUAAUUAAACAACCGAAAAAUAAUACGGCGGAACAUUCUCACAAAAGUGAAUUCUGCAAAAAUACCACCAAUAUGUUAUUACGUUCAACUAAAAAUGAUUUAUUACAUGAACAAUAUAUCAAUCAAGAAAACAACACUUCUUUACAAAAAUUUAAUAAUGUUACUGUUUUAUCAGACCACCAGUCUUGCCACGGGGAAACUAAUUGUAUCAAUAAACCAGAUAAUUCUCAAAUCAAUAAACUAUCUAAUGUUAUUGAUUCAUCAAUUAAAAAGCCAAAAAAUAGCAAAUAUUCCAGUAGUGCCUACAAAAAUAAAAAAAACGUAAAAAUCAAAAAGAAAAAAUCAAAAACAGACAACAUUAUACCUAAUAUUCGAAAAUAUAACAUUGUAGAAACUUUAGAAUCUAAAAAUAAAAACAACCAUAAUAGGAUAUAUUUGGCUGAUAUUUUUACAGCCAACGAACGUAAACUUUAUAAAAAAUACAAGCAAUCCGAAAGAGACUUUAGAAAGUUUUGUAAAUCGAAUAUUAAUAAAAAGAUAUUACAAUUUAUAGAAAAAAUUGAAAUAUCUAAUUUAUCUAAUAACUUAAAGCACAGAUCAAUCCUUGCUCUAAGUAAUCUUUCAAGUUUUUUAGAUACAAUAAAUCCAAUUACAACUAAUGCAGCUCAAGCACCAAUGCAAGAUUUUGUAGAUUCGUUGAAUCUAGCAUAUAAGAAAUUUAAAGGAUAUGCCGUGGUGUCCGAAAACCUUUUUAUUUUUAAAUCAAAGUUUAAAAGCUUACAUAUGGUUGGUAAUGAAUAUAUCUGUUCUUCCAGUUGUACUUUUUGUAAAAUUAGAAAGUUAUCGAAAAGUUUUAACAAGAGAUUCAAUUCAUUUUACAAAAAACUUUUAGAAUUUAAAAAGGUAUUAAAAAAAAAAAUCUAG